UGCACCGACAGACACUAAUUAGUGAUCAAACACAAAAUCAAACAUUGUGGAACUUGAACUUGACUGCCAAAAUGAAGUGUGUCAUUGAAAGAAACGGUGUUAAAGUGUUUGGGAAGGCUGUUCAUGCCCUGGCACGCAUAGGAGAUGAAUUAUGGUUGGAUCCUAUGAUGAAAGGGUUGGCAAUGAGGUCAGUGAACUCAGCCCAUUCUGCCUACGCCUGCUUCCUCUUCUCCCCACUGUUCUUCCAACACUACAGCCCAGACACAGGACCAGCCCAGGACAGUGGAACUGUCAAAUGCAAGUUGGUCAUGAAGUCAGUGCUGCCGCUGUUUCGGUGCCUGGCUACCAUUGAGCGUAAUGUGGAUAGCUGUCAAAUAUCCAUCAAUCUCCCAGACAACCGGGUGAUAUUCCAGUUUCACUGCAGACAUGGUAUCACCAAAACACACAACCUGGGUUUCCAGGAAAGUGAAGCUCUGCAGGCAGUGUUUCCUUCUCACCUCUGCCCCAAUGUCCUGAAGGCCCAGCCCAGACUUCUAGGCGACAUGGUGAUGCACUUCCCAGUGUCUCAGGAAGAGAUCACUCUGUCCAUGUCUCCUCUGAGAGUCAAUCUGAAAAGCUACUAUGAAGAUGAAAGCGAUCAAAUGAAGGCCAUGCAUACUGAGAUGUCUUUAGAUCCCAGUGAGUUUGACUACUUCCAGGUUGGAGUUGACUCAGACAUAACCUUCUGUCUGAAGGAGCUGAGGGGAUUGCUGUCAUUUGCUGAAUCACAUGGUCUACCAGUAUCUGCUCACUUUGGCGCCGCAGGAAAGCCGGUGGCCUUCAGUGUAGAUGACAUGGUGCUGGAGGCCAGUGUGGUGUUGGCUACUCUUGUCAACCCAGAGAGCAGGACCCCCUCCCAGGCUACAGAGGCCCAGGCUCCUGCUGCACUAAGGUGUGGAGGUGUUGCGGAGCCUCCGGAGGGCCCGUGUGAGGCAGAUGCCGGUCCCCCCCAGGCCCAGGGGUUUCCCUCUGCAGGCGAGCUGAUAGCAUCCAGCCAGGGAAGCCCAGUGUUCUGUGGAGCAGCCCUCAUGAGAGAGUUCACCAGGACAGGAGAGGAUUCUGAUAGGCUCAGAACACCACGUUACACACACAGAGGUCGUGGCAUCACAACUCCUCCUUCCUCCAAGGUUCGCUCCCUCCUCUUUGGGGCCGUGUCCUGUGAGCAAGGUGAUGGUUGCACCUCUAUGCUGCCCAGUCUGGCGUGUUCCAGUGAUACAGAAGAUGGGGGAGAGGAGAGGGCCAGUGGUGCAUUGUAAGUUACCACAGAAUGAUGACCAAGCCAAGAACUGUUUUCAUACCCUGCAAGUUUUUUCAGCAGACCAGUCUUUUUCCCAUUGUAUAUUGUAAAUACAUUUAAAUGAGAACAUAAUAUUUUUCAAUUCAUUUGAGUGCUUUAAAUGAAAGUUCAUAAAGCAUGGCUGUUUGUUUUUACUAACAAAUAAGUUAUUCCAAUGGUAUGCGCAUUUAUUGCAAGAAACAUAUACCGUAGAUUUGAAAGUCAGACAUCAAAAGCAUAAAAUUAAUUGGGGUAAACGUUUGUCCUCUUCCCUGUGACCCAGAAACCAAUAAGUUGUUGAGAAUUGUCAAUUCGUUAAUAGGUAAAUGGAAGACGGUCCUCCCCUCCUCGAUAGCCUUCAUUUGGCGAGGAAGCACGUUUGUGACCAGUCUAAUUUAUACAAAUGCAUUUUCAUCCACUUUCCCUCUACUCGCCGCCUCUCCUCGAAAAGGAGGCCAGGGAGGACGGAGGUGAGAAAAUCUCAAAUUGUGAAAAGGCCCUAGAUUUGCCCAUGAAAACAUUCCUCAAGCCAAGCGCCUGGGGAUGCCACACCUGGGUGCUGAUAGUAAACUCAACACAUCUCACAGACUCGCUAAAGCUUGAGGAAUGUGUAACCAAACAUACAGAUCACAUGGAGCCUUUUCAUGUAGCUUCAGGCAGUCCCCUCAGUUGCAUAAGAGCAGACAGCUGCGAGGGAAACACUUGAGUCUAGUCCACUGUGGCCCCUGCUGAGACAGAGGAAUGGAUGAGUCAGAGCAGGGAUAUGCUGCCUGGCAGGGAACAGUAUGAUUCCACCUUCAAAGGGAAAGACUGCAUAAAGAUGAUCUAUCAGAAAUACAUGAUCACGUGUAGCAGCAUGGCCUACCUCACUGGGAGGGAAAUGGUAGCCGUGGUCUGCUUCUAGAUGCUUUUGACCUACAUGUUUUCAUUACCUCAGGAACCGUUCAGUCUACUGUGUAAGUAGACAAAUACCUUGCAGAGACCACUGAACAAACAAUAUUGACACAGAAAAACAUGUGACAAGGGUCUGGUUAAAAGGAAAAG